AUGGCUUUCUUUGUUCUUCCUCUUGUGUUGCUUCUCUCCAUGGCCUCUCCUGCCACCUCAUGCAAUAAGCAGGAGAAAAGCUCGCUACUCCAGUUCCUUGCUGAGCUAUCGCAUGAAGAUGGGGUUACCGUGCCCUGGCGGGAUAGCAUGGACUGCUGUGAGUGGGAAGGCGUCACAUGCAAUGCAAGUGGAGCGGUUAUUGAGGUCUCUCUGACCUCUAGAAGCCUAGAAGGAACCAUCUCACCGUCCCUCGGCAAGCUUACUGGCUUGUUGCGCCUCAACCUAUCGUACAACUCACUCUCAGGUGACCUGCCAUCAGAACUAAUGUCAUCUGGCACCAUCACAGUCCUGGAUGUGAGCUUCAACCGUCUCAGUGGAGUCCUGCAAGAGCCUCUUCCGUCAAUUCCUGAGCGGCCAUUGCAAGCACUGAACAUCUCAAGCAACCUGUUUACAGGAGAAUUUCCAUCCACAAUUUGGGAGAAUACAAGGAACCUGGGUGUGAUCAAUGCAAGUAACAACAGUUUUGAAGGAUGGAUACCAUCUUCUUUCUGCAUCAGCUCAUCAUCCUUUGCAGUGCUUGACCUUUCCUACAACCAAUUCAGUGGCAGCAUCCCUCCUUGUAUUGGUAAUUGUUCUGCACUUAGAGUACUUAAGGCUGGUCAAAACAACCUCAGUGGGCCCCUCCCAGAUGAACUCUUCAAUGCUACAUCAUUGCAGUAUCUCUCUUUUCCUGAUAAUAGUUUGCAUGGAUUACUUGAUGGUGCACACCUAAUGAAGCUUAAAAAUCUGGUUAACCUUGAUCUUGGAGGUAAUACACUAAAUGGCAAGAUCCCAAACUCUAUAGGGCAGCUUAAGAGACUAGAGGAGCUCCAUUUGGAUAACAACAACAUGACUGGGGAGCUGCCAUCAGCUCUGAGCAAUUGCACAUAUAUCAUAACGAUUGACCUCAAGAACAAUAACUUCAGCGGAGAGCUUCAAAAAGUCAACUUCUUCAACCUGCCCAAUCUAAAAGCAUUGGAUCUUCUAUACAAAAACUUCACUGGCACAAUUCCAGAAAGCAUUUAUUCAUGCAGCAACUUGGUUGCAUUGCGGCUAUCUGGCAACAACUUACAUGGGCAGCUUUCACCGAAAAUUAGCAAUUUGAAGUCUCUUAUUUUCCUGUCCAUUUGUGACAACAAGUUUACAAACAUCACAAAUAUGCUUCAGAUCCUCAAGAAUUGUAAGAGUCUCACCACCCUAUUUAUUGGGGCCAAUUUCAAGGGUGAGGCCAUGCCAGAAGAUGAAAUGAUAGAUGGUUUUCAGAACCUUAGAGCUCUUUCCAUAUCUGAGCGCUCCUUGUCUGGGAAAAUACCUCUUUGGCUAUCAAAGCUCAAAACUUUGGAGAUGUUGUUUCUGCAAAGGAAUCAACUCAGUGGACCAAUACCUGCCUGGAUGAAAAACUUAACUUCACUUUUCCAUCUAGACUUAUCAUAUAACAACCUUGCAGGGGAAAUACCAAUAGCCUUAAUGGAGAUGCCAAUGCUAACAACAGACCUUACUGCAAACCAUUCAGUCUUUGAGUUACCGGUUUAUCUAGGUCAUUCAUUCCAGUAUCGAAUAAUCAGUACUUUCCCAAAAAUGCUGGAUCUGAGUCACAAUAACUUGACUGGUGCGACCCCCCAGGAGAUUGGUCAGUUGAAAUUGCUUGCAAAACUCAAUUUCAGCUUCAACAGCUUAUCAGGAGAGAUUCCGAAGUAG